GUGGGAGAAUUAAGUUCUGUGACGUACAGAUUUUACAUUGGUGGGGUUAGAUAGAUUCCUUAAUAAGUUUCUUCUAGAAAAAGAGCUCAUUUAUUGCUUCUUAUGGUCUGAUCAUUCAACUCAUAUAUUAAAGAAAAUACAUUUCUAGUUACUUAAUUAUAUUAUGUCUCAACACGUGAGAAUAUAAUUCUCUCCAACGCGUAGAAAUAUCUUUUUUGUUUUAUUAAGUCGAUGAGAUUUGAAGAAACGCUUUUAUUUAUUCUGAUACCAUAUUGAAUGUUUUCGCUAACACGGAAAGCUAAAUGUAGCCAUCAAAGGAUAAGAUUAAUCCUAAUACACUGCUGUCCAAGAAAUACACAGUAACAUGGUGUUUUAGAUAGGUGUGGAUAGUAGUUUGAAAUAUUUGAGAAAAUGUCAAGUGGUGGUUGUAGCAUAGUAUGGUUUAGGAGGGAUCUGAGGUUAGAAGAUAACCCAGCACUGGCUGCUGGAGUGAGAGCAGGAGCAGUGAUUUCAUUGUUUAUAUGGGCUCCUGAAGAAGAAGGAUAUUAUUGUCCUGGUAGGGUAUCAAGAUGGUGGAUUAAACAAAGUUUAUCUCAUCUUAACUCCUCUUUGAAGAGCCUUGGAACUUCCCUAAUUACAAAGAGAUCUACUGAUAGUAUUUCUUCUCUUCUUGAAGUUGUGAAAUCUGCUGGUGCAACUCAGGUCUUUUUCAAUCAUCUAUAUGACCCAAUAUCACUUGUAAGGGAUCAUCGUGCAAAGGAAGCCUUAAUAUCUGAAGGUGUAUCUGUGCGCUCCUUCAAUGCUGAUUUGCUAUACGAACCAUGGGAAGUUGUCGAUAAUGAAGGUCGCCCAUUCACAACGUUUUCAGCUUUCUGGGACAGAUGCCUUACCAUGCCUUUUGACCCUGAAGCUCCACUUCUUCCACCUAAAAGGAUAAUAUCUGGUGAUGCAUCAAGAUGCCCUUCAGACAACUUGGUGUUUGAGAGCGAAUCAGAGAAAGGAAGCAACGCACUUCUUGCUCGAGCGUGGUCUCCUGGUUGGAGCAAUGCUGACAAGUCACUGGCUACAUUCAUUAAUGGACCAUUAAUUGAGUAUUCCAAGAAUCGUAGGAAAGCUGAUACUGCAACAACCUCAUUUCUGUCCCCGCAUUUACAUUUUGGUGAAGUCAGUGUUCGUAAGGUAUUCCAUCGUAUUCGUAUCAAGCAAGUUCUCUGGGCCAAUGAAGGAAACAAAGAAGGUGAAGAAAGUUCCAACUUGUUCCUCAAGUCCAUUGGCCUUAGAGAGUUCUCAAGAUACAUGAGCUUUAAUCAUCCUUACAGUCAUGAAAGACCACUGCUUGGUCACCUAAAGUACUUCCCUUGGUUAGUAGAUGAGGGCUAUUUUAAGGCAUGGAGACAAGGUAGAACAGGUUAUCCUUUGGUUGAUGCAGGUAUGAGAGAGCUUUGGGCUACUGGCUGGCUACAUGAUCGUAUUCGAGUUGUUGUGUCUACUUUUUCUGUUAAGGUUCUGCAGCUUCCUUGGACAUGGGGAAUGAAGUAUUUCUGGGACACUUUGUUAGAUGCAGAUCUUGAAAGUGAUGCUCUUGGUUGGCAAUAUAUUACCGGUACCCUACCUGAUGGUUGUGAGUUUGAUCAAUUCUAUAAUCCACAGUUUGAGGGAUACAAGUUUGAUCCUAAAGGAGAAUAUGUUCGGCGAUGGCUUCCUGAACUUGCUAGACUUCCCACUGAAUGGAUACACCACCCUUGGGAUGCACCAGAACCUGUACUUCAAGCUGCUGGCGUUGAGCUUGGUUCCAAUUAUUCUCUUCCUAUUGUUGAAAUUGAUGCAGCAAAAGAAAGACUAGAAGAUGCCCUGUCACAAAUGUGGCGGCGUGAAGCAGCUUCAAGAGCUGCUAUUGAUAAUGGAAUGGAGGAAGGACAUGGAGACUCUACCGAUUUUGUCCCAAUAGCAUUUCCUCAGGCCAUGCAGAUGGAAAUGGAUCCUGAAACAGCCAGGAACAAUACUACAAGAAAUGCUAUUCGACGUUAUGAAGAUCAGAUAGUCCCUAGCAUGUCAUCUUCUUUUUUUAGAACUGAAGAUGAAGUAUCCUCUGUGGAUAUCAGAAAUUCAGUUGUGGAGAGUAGAGCAGAAGUUCCAAUAAUGUUGAUGUAUAACUGAUGAACCAUGAGAGAUAUACACUCGGUACGCAUUAUGCAGAGGAAGAGUGAAGAUUCAACAGCAGAAUCUUCAAGCAGUAGUAUUAGAGAAAGGGAUGGAGAUGUAGUUCCUGCAUGUUGAAGUCCAAGCUACUCGGAUCAAUUUGCUGGUGGUGUCAAUGGUAUGGGGACCUUAUCUUACUAGCAAAAAGGCAUCGGUUGUUUCAUCAGUUAAUGAAUUGUCAGCAGCUUUAUCAAACAGGGUAAGCAAACUAUACAGAUAUGAUUCAAACUGGUAUUUAAAACUACAGUCAUAUCUAUAUACAGAUAUGAUGCCUCUGGCCCUCUUUAGCAGACCUUAAGUUGAGAAGAUGCAUUAAUAGUUAUGAUUCAGAUUCUUCAUGGAACUUUCUUAAGUUGUCAUUUAUGUACUUGCUAAUAGGUGAUCAUAUUUGCGGUAUAAUGUUAACUAAAAGGUGGCUAAUAUGGCCAUUUCGAUUAUCAAUCAGCACAGUUAGUAUGGAAUCAAUCUUUACCUGCUGUUUUCUCUCA